AUGACCACAGACCCGGCGUACGUCGAGAAAUGUCGGAAAGACCUAGCGAAACGCUGGAACGACCUGACCUCCUUCGUGUCGGACGCAAUCCGCGAAAAAUGGUGGGCAAUGAUCGACGAGCGGUACGCGCCCCGGCCGUUCCACGGCCUAGCCCACCUCGAGCACAUGAUGCAGUUGUUCGACACGCACAAGGACCUGCUCAAGGACCGAUAUGCGGUCGCGUUCGCCAUCUUCUUCAAACAGUAGGUUGCACGCGGUAAAUGAUAUGUUUCGCGUUUAGUUUGGAAUACGAUCCCUUGAAUGCGGAGGAAGCGGAGCGAAACGAGGAGCGGCUUCGGGAGUUCGCGGCCGAAACCACUUUUGACCAGGUGAGAGAUCGUGACUCUUUCGGGAAAGGGUCAUUUCUUAGAGAGUUGUGGCUAAAAAUGGAACGUUUGAAUUUUAUUUCCGCCUGCCGCAAAUUUAGAAACACUAUGUAGAGUAGACGUGAGAGUCUUUGCUUUUGUUUUGACAAACUUAUUAAGAGCUCAAGAACGAAAAGUAAGCAUAAUUUCUUUCUUUCUUUGUUAUGAAAGGUUUAUGAUCUAUGAGCAGCUAUGUAUACAACUUAUCUAUUAGAUCUUUUUUAAACUACUUUUUUUAAACUGUAAUUACUAAUUCCACUUUUCGUUAGCUUUACGACAAAAAUUCUUACAAUGAAAAAGAACGCAACAACUGUUAUCUUUUUUUCCGGUUCAUAAUAUUAUAAUAGAAGUACCCUUGGUGCGAGGCUCAGAUUUUCUUUUAGUUUUGCACACGUGUUACACAUAGGCCACGCAUCAAUUUCUGAAAAUUUUAGCCAGCACUUUGCCGGCGCCAUCGAGAUAUUCGACGUUCUUUGUGGCCGAGAGAGCAUGUAGAACGUGGAAAGCGGUCCACAGCAUUCCGAGGUUUUUUGCCGCCACCGAUCGGUCCCGAUUUUCGCUCAAAAUGACAACAGGGCUGCGCGUCUCGGCUGAUAACUAGCUAGCCCAAAGACGAAAAAGAGUAAAUAUGCUGUGCGGUCCGAAGUGAAUGCACUUUCUUCAGUAUUUUUACUAGGGGAAAAACUUAUUUCUUGUGGAAACAUUGAUCUCCACUAUACAAAGAGCGGGAAACUUUCCGUGCCAAAAUUCCAAAAAGCCCAAUUUUUCCAAAUUCAACCCAAAAGUCUUUUUUCGAGCGAAAAUUCAGAACGUCAAUAUCAGGUCCUCAGGCUUUUAUUAUCAAAAUAGGUUUUCUCAAAAUAUCAUUAAGCUCAUCGCAUAAAAUGACCGUAUUUCCAGGCCAACUAUGUAUCAAGGCUGUUGCUGGAAAGUGCAAAUAACUGCACUGACGCCCAUUUGAACCCCGAUAAGUACGGUGACGACGACUUGCACUACCUAAUCGACUUUGACACGGCUUGGAUGGGGGUUGGUGAAGCCGAAUAUACGAAAUUUCGAGAAGCCGCCAGAUCGGAGGUUGGCAAUUUAAAUGACAAAGACUACAUUGAGAGGCGGUUAAAGGUAUGUAAAGUUGAGUUACUUAUCCAAAAAUUGUAUUUUAGGUCCUAGAGCUGUUCCUGCAAAUCCCCAACAUCUUUGCGACAAAGGUGAUGCGCGACAUCUACGAAGCCCAAGCGCGAAAAAAUAUCAAAGACGAGAUUGAGUUCCUCAACGGCUUAUCCAAAGGAUAA